AUGGGUCUCUACACUUUAGUAGUUACUUUUCUUUGCACAAUUGUCCUACCCGUUUUACUUUUUUUGGCUGCGGUAAAAUUGUGGGAAGUUUUUAUGAUUCGUGGUUUUGAUCCAAGUUGCCGCAGACCCCUUCCUCCAGGUACCAUGGGUUUACCGUUCAUUGGAGAGACGCUCCAGUUGGUCCUUCAGAGGAGAAAAUUCCUUCGAAUGAAGCGACAAAAAUACGGGUUUAUCUACAAAACUCACCUCUUUGGUAAUCCCACUGUGCGGGUGAUGGGUGCCGAUAACGUGAGGCAGAUUCUGCUUGGUGAACACAAACUUGUUGCUGUUCAGUGGCCGGCGUCUGUGCGAACCAUCCUGGGCUCUGAUACGCUUUCCAACGUGCAUGGAACUCAGCAUAAAAACCGGAAAAAGGCAAUUCUCAAAGCAUUUUCCCGGGAUGCUUUGGAGCAGUACAUUCCCGUCAUUCAGGAGGAGGUCAGAUGCGCAGUGAAAGACUGGCUGCAGCGAGACGCGUGUGUGCUGGUGUACCCGGAGAUGAAACGACUCAUGUUCCGCAUCGCAAUGCGAAUCCUACUUGGUUUCGAGCCUGAACAAAUUAAGACAGAUGAACAAGAAUUAGUGGAAGCCUUCGAGGAAAUGAUUAAGAAUUUGUUCUCCUUGCCGAUUGAUGUCCCCUUCAGCGGCUUAUAUCGAGGUCUGAAAGCACGCAAUUUCAUACAUUCUAAGAUCGAGGAGAACAUUGUGAAGAAAAUCCAAAACCAUGACAGUGAGCGUAAGCACAAGGAUGCUCUUCAACUUUUGAUUGAAAAUAGCAGGAAGAGCGAGGAGCCAUUCAAUGUGCAGGCAAUAAAAGAGUCGGCUACCGAGCUUCUGUUUGGUGGUCACGAGACAACCGCCAGCACUGCUACCUCUCUUGUGAUGUUUCUGGGUCUCAAUCCAGAGGUGGUGCAGCGUGUUAGGGAAGAGCUACAUGAAAAGGUUGAAUCGGGCGUAUAUUCACCUGGAAAGACCCUGAGCAUAGAGUUAUUGGAGCAGCUUAAGUACACUGGAUGUGUCAUAAAAGAGACCCUCAGAAUCAACCCCCCUGUCCCUGGAGGAUUUCGAGUGGCACUCAAAACUUUUGAGCUUAAUGGUUACCAGAUUCCAAAAGGAUGGAAUGUCAUUUACAGCAUUUGUGACACACACGACGUUGCAGAUGUUUUCCCCAACAAAGAAGAGUUUCAUCCAGAGCGAUUCAUGGCCAAAGGCUUGGAGGACACCUCCAGGUUUAAUUACAUCCCCUUUGGAGGAGGUUCCAGGAUGUGUGUGGGCAAAGAAUUUGCCAAAGUGCUCCUUAAGAUAUUUUUAGUAGAACUUACCCAGCAGUGUAACUGGACACUGUCAAAUGGACCGCCAACAAUGAAAACAGGCCCGACUGUGUACCCAGUGGACAAUCUCCCCACAAAAUUCAGCAGUUACAUCAGCAAUUAA